UGUAGUUUUUUUGGAAAAGAAUCUUACUUAAUGAUUUCUGCCAAAGAUAUAUUAGUAUUUUAGUACGGUGUUAACCUUUUUUGAAGAUUUUUUAUAUAAUAGCCAAGGGCUAAGUCUUUGAUUUUCCAUUUGCAUAAAGGCUUCUAUGGCUUCACUCACUGCCUCCUUUACUGUUGAGUAUGCUACUGAGCAUCAAUGUAGCGUGCCCAUUCCUGGUGUGUUCAGAGAUGUUUUAGACAAUGGUUCUUUGUGUGUACGCAUAUUGUUGCAUGGUAGUGUUAAAGAGUGGAAAGUAACUAUGGUGCAUGAAGAGGAUGACGAGGAUGUCAAUAAUGGCUGGAAAACUAUCUUGGAAGCUGGUUGGCCUGAGUUUGUGAAGGACAAUUGCUUAAAUUAUAGGGACAGUUUGUAUUUCACUUACUCAGGGCACAAUGCUUUUGUAGUCCAGAUUUCAAGGGGAAGCAUAAGCAAAGGAAAAGGAAAAGGUAAAGACGUAGGGAGUUCUAGUAAAAGACGUAUUGGGCGUAUACCGGCUUAUCUAAGGUCUUCUCCGGAAAUGAUCGAGACCAAUGAAUGGAUUGAUGAUCUUGUGCAAGGUUGCCCUUCACCUAAUUUCCGAUUUAUUUUUACUGCAGCCUAUCUUCGUAAAGCAGCUAUUAAUAUCCCAAUUAAUUUUGCAAGGCAUUGGCUAGUUCAUUACCCUGAGACAACUUAUCAUGCUGUACUCCAAAACUUUGACACUCAGUUCGAUGUGGAAUUAUACAUUGAAAAAAAAAACGGUGUGAUCACUGAGUGCCUUAUAAGAAAGCUGAGGGAUUUUCUCGAUUGCUACAAUGUUCAAGAGAACAAAGGUGCUUUCAUAACGUUGUCUAGGACAGCAAAUCAUCUUAUAUUUGAUGUAGACCUAGUACUAGUUUAGGUGUUUUCUGCACUUGUUUUUCAUGUGUUUAAAAGUCUAGUACCUACGUCCUAAUCUGAAAUUGCUUUUAUGAUUUCAAAUGCAAUCUAAUGCAAUCUUAUGCAUCUCUAUUAUCUAGUGGAAAUGAAAAU